GUUAUAAGAUAUGACGUGACUAUCGAUUUUAUAUUUACGUGGCAUCUUUGUUUACAACUGUUUAGACCACGACUGUAGAGUAGUCUAUUAUACAUUUUCUGUAAUCAGUGCGUACUUUAAAAAAUUAAAGAGUUUAAUAUUAUUGUUUUUUUAACCUUUGAUACAACUUUUUGUUGUUAUAAUCUCAUUAUUAAUUCAAAUCAUUACAAUUUGAUUUGAUAAAAUGGAGUCUACAGAAGGAAAAAAUAAUAUGCCCAAAGACAGUCAAAUCAUCGUGUCAAUGAUGGAAGAUCUAGGAAUUGUUGAAUAUGAUCAACAAGUCUUAAAUCAUUUUUUGGAGUUUAACUACAGAUACACUACUCAAUUAUUGGAAGACGCUAAGGCAUUGUCAAACUCGGCGAAAAAGAAGAAUGUUGAUGCCGACGAUGUGAAACUAGCAAUUCAAAUGGUGCAAGACGGAGUGUUUCCUGGACCUCCUCCGCGCAAAGUAUUAACGACAGCAGCUAUCGAAGUAAAUAAAAUGCCAUUACCCCCACAAAGGCAUGCCAGUCAACUGAGAAUUUCACACGAUAGUCCAAAUUCCGUAAAGACAAAAUACAGGCUUAGAUAUGAAUCGCCUGUAUGUUCUGGAGAAAAUAUGCCCAAGGAUAAUAAAACAACAGCUGCAGAAAUGUUAGCGGAGUCUAGAAGAUUAUAAAACGAACAUAAACCCUUACCGCAAUGUAAUUAAACAUAUCUAAUUAAUUUUAGCGCUUAUG